UGGUCAAAUAAGAAUAGGAUCAUAAAAUCAUGUGAUAUCUCGGAACAUUAACUAUUACUGUUCCACUGUAAAUUCUAUACAUACAGGGAUUGCUUCUUGUUGGAAUUUUAAAAUCCGAGCUUGAACUCAGAGCGUAAAUGGAUUCAACAUUAGAUAUCAAAGUCGAUCCAGAUUUUGAAGCAGACGUAAGGAAUCGAAUUUUAGCAUUCGUUUCAUCGAAAAAUGAACCUACUUUCAAGAAAGUGGAGAAAGCGAUAUCAAUAAUUGAGAAUGAUGGUAAAAAUGCAUCUGUUACAGCGAUAGUGAAUUGGAUACUGAGCAAUUAUUCCAUCCUGGAUCCCCAGAAAUUAAAACUCAACGUCAAAAAAGCUAUUCUAAAAGGCUUAAAAGAUGGAAUGUUCAUCAGAGCAGUUGGUUCCAGAAAAGCCCUGGGAACUGCGGGAUCGUUCAGUUUGUCUUCAAAGAAAAAUAGAAAGAAGAAAGCUUCAAAAUACGAGAAGUCCGUUUUUACUCGCAAAAUACUUCCUCUCACUAUGACCAAAGAUGGCCUCCUGGUUCAGAAACCACGUGCCAACGGAAUCAAACGAAAAAUAUCUGUUUCAAAUGCAACGGAUAAGAUGCUAUCUCAAAAACAUCUUUGCAAAAGUUCCUUGAAAGAAUCGUGGGAAUUGUCUGAGACAGUUACAAAAUUGGAUUUUAAAUUUUUACCAACGCCUACUUCAUUUGAAAAUCACAAAUGAUAAUUUUAUAUUGAGUGUAACGUAAAAUAAUAUAGAUUUGCCUUUAAAUAUUUUAUGAUUUUUUUAUGUAUAAUAACCAAGUUUAGUGUCUUAUUAAUUUGAUUGUAUUUUUAUUUACAUGUAAUUAUUUCAAUAAAA